AUGGCUACCCCUCAUGAACCGAAAAUCGAGACACUCGAAAAGAUCAUAGGCCAUACCUUCUCCCUAAAACAUUUGAUACGUCUGGCUCGCACCUCAGCAGGUGCUAAUCCGGACAAUUACGAUGGGAAUAGGAAACUAUCCCAACUGGGUGCCUCUCUGGUUGACUCUGUUCUGGCUAUCAUAGUAUUCUUCAUAGGUGGCAGUAGAGGCAAAUACUAUGCUGCCGCGAAGCGGACUGGUAUCGACGAUUGCAUAGACUACGAUAAGCGCACCGGACCAGAUUCGCCGGAGGUUCUUCGCAAAGCGAUAAAUGCCAUUAUAGCAGCCGUGUUUCUUGAUACCUGGAACAUCAAGUCAACAGUAGUUGUCAUUCUAAGGAUUUUUUUCCAGACGAGCGGCGACAGAAUGUUUCAGGAACUCCCUUCUGUCUCACCUGCUACUGUGGAAGCUCUCGUAUCUAUUUCGAAGAUGAUACUAGCUCUCAACGCUGGAGUGAUUAAUCCUUCGGUGCUAAUUAUCGAGCAGUCAGCUACGACUCUUGAGGUCUCCCCAAUGAUACACAGGUUCCUGGAACAAGGCAGCAAAGAUCCGCCUCUCUCAUCAAACGCGGAGCGCAUUGUGACGGAGAAGGAGUCAGUCACAGAGAGCCUAUCUCAAUUUCUCCGAGAGGAAAUAUGGUCAUCGGACGGAGACCUGAGCCGCAAUGGAACUGAAACUGAAGCCGAGCAUGACUCGAUGGCGAGGAUUUCGAAUGGGCCGAAUGCUCCGUCAACACCAAAGGGGGUCAGGUGGCACGCCGCCCGAGAGAACCCCACAAUGACAGUGAAACAUCCGUGGUUACACCUGCGUCGAAGAGAAGGCGCAGGGCUGCAAGCACUAAUGUCUCCAUCUUGCAUGAAUAUGUCUCCGCCCGAAUAUAGCUAUUUCUCCCCUGCUAUAAUGACAAGGGCCCUUCAGCUUGAGAAGGGCUCGCUCGGGAACCUUAUCAUCCUUUUGAUAACAAUUGCUAGUCCUCAAUCAAUAGUGGCUCUGCGCGAGAUGAUGUGCUGUGCGAGAGCUCAGAAGACGGUUGAUUCGCAUCGCCUGGCCGUGAACGUCACGAAGAGGCGAAGAUAUGAGAUGAUUAAAGAGCUCGACCAGAAAAAUGCACUUCUCCGACUGCUCCGUUGGUAUCACCUUCUCGAACUAUUCGAGCAAUGUGGUGGUUCUCGGACCCGUUACAGCAUGGGAUAUGUAAACAUGACAUCUGCGGAUUUCGAACAUCCGAAACGGGGAGCAGGAAACCCUAGCAGGAAAGAUGAUGCUAAGGUGGCGCAAGCGAUGAUGAAGGAGUUAUUCCCCGACCUAAGUCAUACAAGUCCUGUGUAUGCCCAGGAGUACGUUGCCAUCAAGCAUUACCGAAAAGUGGGACAGCGACUCUAUAUACUCACCGACCGGUUCGGUCCCGGAAUCCUUGGUCUCACUUUGGACCCCACUCAUGAGUCGGAGAUAUCAGAUACCAUGCUGUUAAAUCCGAGAAAUGAGACAUUUCGUGAUUUUGUAGAUCUCCUCGAAGAAUCGCAUGGACAAUGGCUGAGGAGAUGCAGCGAUGCAGCUUUCUUGUUGCUUCGCCCAUUGCUCGAGUUUACCCUCGACAGCACCGCGCCUUUUCGUUUGGAGCUUACGGAUCCCGAAUGCAUUUGCAUGCAGCCUAAGUGCUCAGAGUCUCUUCUGAAGCUUAUUGCCUAG